CGAAUUGAUAGCAUGUUAACUAGAUGAUCAAGUAAAGUGUCUAUUUAGAUGUGUGUAAUUUAAUGGAGAAUAAAUAAUUAUAUGUAUAAGCUGGGAUAAAGGAACAUUUGGCCUUCAACAUAUCAGUAUAUAACAGACUAAAAGAAGGAUGUAUUCUGCCCCAGCUCUUAAGCCCCCAACCUUGGAUGAGGUAGAAGAGAUAUCAAAGAAAUUAGGCCUCAACAUACCCCUGGAAGAUCUCAAAGGACACAAAGAGUUUCUGGAUAAAAUGUGUGGUCAAUUAAAUAUACUGAAGGAUAUCACUGAACCCAGGCUUCCUGUAAGGUAUCCACGAACACCCGGAUAUAGGCCUACUGAAGCAGAAAAUGCCCUUAAUGGAUGGUGUUGGAAAACAGACAUCAAAGGAUCACCAACUGGUAAACUAUCAGGCAAAAAAGUUGGAAUCAAAGAUAACAUCGGAGUAGCAGGUGUACCUAUGUCAGUCGGCUCAAAGAUGAUGGAAGGUCACAUGCCAGAAUAUGAUGCAACUGUAGUGUCUCGCAUUUUAGAUGAAGGAGGGGUGAUCAAAGGGAAGACAACUUGUGAGGACUUAUGUUUUAGUGGCAGCAGUGCUACAUCUUAUAAUGGACCAGUGCUAAAUCCACAUGACCAAACAAGAAGUAGUGGGGGAUCUAGUAGUGGCAACGGGGCUUUGAUAGCAAGCGGAGAGAUAGACAUGGCAAUUGGUUCUGACCAGGGAGGAUCAAUACGUAUCCCAGCAGCCUGGUGUGGCAUUGUGGGUAUAAAGCCUACCUUUGGUUUGGUACCCUACACAGGUGCCCUAACACUAGAAAGUUCCAUAGACCAUCUAGGCCCAAUGGCUAGGACUGUGUACGACUGUGCCCUCUUAUUAGAGGUUAUAGCAGGAAAUGAUGGCCUAGAUUCAAGGCAGCCUAUGAAUAUUAAAGUUCCAGAGUAUACUAAACUGAUGACAGAAGAAGUAUCUGGGAUGAGGGUCGGCCUUGUGAAAGAAGGAUUUGAAAAAUGUGACCCAGAUAUAGAAAGAACUGUGCGUGACACAGUACAACAACUCAAAACAAAGGGAACCACAGUGGAUGAGAUUUCUAUACCUAUGCACUUAAAAGGUUGCUCAAUAUGGAUUGGAUUAGCUUUCCAAGGAAACUAUAAAACCUUGAUUCAAGGUGGAGGAUCUUCUGGAAAGGGGUUCUAUCCAACUACUACUCAAGAUUUCUUAGAAAAAGCUGUUAAAAGCCACCCCAGAGACAUUCCACCUACCAUAGCUCCCACCCUGUUAUUGGGAGAAUACCUAUCACAAAACUAUGGUAGUCAUUUCUACAGUAAAGCCAAGAACCUUGAACGUGUGUUAACAGAUGCCUACAACACUGCCUUGGAACAAUAUGAUGUUCUCAUGAUGCCAACUAUAUGCUUUAGACCAACCAAACUACCUCCAAAAGAUGCCUCUAUCUUAGAUUUAUUGCGACAUUGUAUGAGUCAAGGUCAAAACAGUGGCACCUUCAAUGUUACAAGCCACCCAGCUUUAAGUAUUCCUGUAUCUACAAAAGAUGUUCUUCCAGUGGCUUUGCAAAUUAUUGGCAAACCAUUUGAUGAACUUUCAAUAUUCAAACUGGCACAUAAAAUUGAAAUACUCCUCAAGAAUUGACACAUGUUGUGAGCCAUUGUCGGGGUAUAGGGGUGUACAACCCACGUGCAUUCAACAUAACAGGUCACCCAGCCAUCACAGUCCCCAUACAAGAUGACGGGUCCCUGCCUAUAGGGUUACAAAUUGUGGCCAAACAUUAUGCUGAGCCAACAUUGUUCAGGAUUGCCCAGGCUGUUGAAAAUAUCCAUAAAGGAGUAGUGUAGUCACAAACUAGAACUUGCAAUAUAGAGAGUAGAGAAAGUGCAAAUAGAGAUAGAAAGCUUGUACAUCACAUGGUUUUCCACUACAGUUUAUGCUGAGCUCUGUCACCUAGAAGCAGCUUAUAUGGCUUUUUAUGAGGUUUAAAUUCUAAAUGAAUGUCCGCUAAAUGUCAUGUUUGUACUAAUGGCAAAAAACGAAUGUUAAUAAAAAUGUUACUGUAAUCAAAAUAGGUCUAUGAAUAACCAACUGGAUCAAUAUGAGGUGAACAUCCUCUGUCAAAAGAAUCAUUCAUGACUUUUAUUCUGCAUUUCUAUGAAUGUUUUCAUUUCGAACAUCCUUUGAUUGACAACAUACAGACUAAGGUUAACGAAUCACUCUUUAUAUGACAUCUGAUAAUAAAUGUCACUUUGACAUUAAUUCAAUGAUGUUACUAUGGUGAUUUUAGCUAUCAAUACAAUUUCAACAUUUUCAUGCACAGUUGCACACAUACUAAUUUUCUUUAUGAGAAAAUGCAAAUUCUGCAUGAAAUAGUCAAAUUCUGUGCAAAAUCCUGCAUAUAAUCCCAAAUUCUGCGCCAAAUCCUGCAUCUUUAAAUUUCAAACAUGGUGAAUAGCAACAGCAUAGGUCUGAACUAUCAAAAACUCGCAGAUCAAUAUGCAGGGAAGUCAAAUUUCUGACUAAUAUGUCAUUGUGAUG